AUGGGUAAAUCACCAGGAAAAUGGAUCAAAACUGUUCUGUUUGGGAAGAAGUCAUCCAAAUCAAAUAUACCAAGAGGAAGAGAGAAGCUUGUUAAUCAAAAAGAAGGAGUUGUUGCUUCCAAGGUUUCAGAAUCUGGUUUGGCUUUAGAGCCAACUACCAAUACUAUUCCCAGACACGAGGAAGAGCUGGAGCUGGAGAGUAGUAGAGAAGCAGAAAAUGUUUUGCCUGGGAAUCAAGAAAUUGACACAGUGGAACCUGUUCAUCAAGAUGCACCACUUGAUCCAGAAAUAUUGAGGCGGGAGGAAGCGGUUACGAAAGCACAGGCUGCUUUCAGGGGUUAUUUGGCUAGGAGAGCAUUUAGAGCCCUUAAAGGCAUAAUAAGGUUACAAGCACUUAUUCGUGGGCACUUGGUUAGAAGACAAGCUGUUGUUACAUUAUGCUGUAUGUAUGGAAUUGUCAAAUUACAAGGACUUGUUCGUGGACAAAGAGUUAGACAGUCUGAUGUUGGUUUUGAAAUUCAUGAAAAGUGCAAUCUAUUAAAGCUUCAGGAUGACAAACCUGUCAAGCCAGUUCCUAUAUCUGAUAAAAUUCUGAAGCUGUCAGCAAAUAAUUUCAUCCGAAAGCUUAUUGCUUCUUCUACUACAAUAAUGGCCCUGCGUUUGCAAUAUGUCCGCGGAGAUCCAAAUUCAGUCUUAAGUUGGUUGGAGCGCUGGUCAGCAUCUCAUUUUUGGAAGCCAAUUCCUCAACCCAAGAAAAUCCGGGAUACUAAGUUUCAGAAAAAGCAGGGUAAUAUUGCAACUGGAGAUGCUCAUACAAGCAAGUCAAAACGUACCCACAGGAAGCUUUCUACUGCAAAUUUUGACCAAGCCCCAGCACAAGCAAAUCCUGAAUUUGAAAAACCCAAACGAAAUGUAAGGAAAUUUCCAAGCCAGCCCUCUGAUCCUGUGCUGGAAAAUCCCCAAAUUGAGCUUGAGAAGGUUAAGCGUAACUUGAGAAAGGUUCAUAACCCAGUUGUUGAGACUGCAGUCCUGUCAGAAGUUGAAUCUGAGACUCAGAAGCCACACCUGGAAAAAGAAACAGUUGCCUUAAGUGUUGGUGUUUCAGAACAAGCAGUCAUAAGUUCUAAUGAAAGAACCAAGAAGGAAGCAAAGAUAAUCAUUUCUAGUGAGCCAGAUAUCGGAAUUACUGCUGGAGAUUUAGUUAGUAAGGAGGAGGUGUUUGACACUCCAAGCAGCUAUCAGGUGAAUGUGGAAUCAAAGCCCUUGACAGAUAUUACAAGUAAAGAUAAAAACAUUUCUGAUGAUGAAAUAAAAAUUGAGUCCAUAGAUUUAGUAGAGACUAGCAAAGAUGAAAAUUCUCACUUAACCAAUGGAAGUUUGAGUCACAAGGAAGAUCAAACAGGCAGUGAAAAUCAGAAACCAAUCCGAAAAGCCUCAAUUGUAGCUAAGCAGGAACGUGCAGAGAACGGUUCUCAUAAUAGUCCGACAGUACCGAGUUAUAUGGCAGCAACUGAAUCUGCCAAAGCGAAAUUGAGGGCUCAAGGAUCCCCGAAAAUUGGACAAGAUGGAAGUGAGAAAAACAACAAUGCUCGGCGACAUUCUCUGCCAUCUUUAACUAACAGCAAAAUCAGUUCACACUCACCUAGAACACAGAGGCCAGUUCAUUCAGGUGGUAAAGGGACCCACAAAAGUGAGAAAGCUGUACCUUCUGUGGUUGGAAAUGGAAAGGUAGUUCAAGCAGAAUGGAAGAGGUGA